AAAGCUAUCAAAUUAUGCUACCAAAGGAAAAGGAAUGUUGAAGACACCGAAACACUUAGAAAGAUAUCCGAAGAAUACUACAGUGGGAGGUUAUCUCCUAAGAAGGCAUUGGUGUUCUAUCUUUUAGAACAUGGAGCCAGGAUUGAUAUUAAGGAUGAAGCAGGUUGCCUACCAAUCCACUAUGCAAAAGAUGAAAUGAUCAGACAGAUGAUAUUGGCAAGAUUACCUUCCUUGGAUGAUGUACAUUCUACCAUAGAUCGGCCAUCGAACUCUAACGAUGCCUCUGUCAAAGUCAACAGAAAUUCCAGUCAAGAAGUUAAUCUAGAAGACCAUGGAAUAUCAAUGUACCUUCCUCCUGGAGCGGUUCCCACUGAUGACUAUUGUCAGUUCACCCUAGCCAUCCUUAGAUACAAUCCUGGUGUUUAUGUCACUGAAGGUGAAUCAGUGAUCUGCUUUGGGAUCAGGUGUGACCCUCACAACUUGAUCUUCAACAAACCUGUUAAGAUCAUUAUACCACACUCUUCCUUGGUCGUCAAUCCAGAGCAUGUAAAACCAGACAUCAUUUGUCGUGUGUGGGACUCAAAUAAGGAUCUUCCAAGAACUCUAAGGAAGCAAUCUUCCAGCUCACCAGACAAACCACCAUACUGCAGACUUUACGAAAGACACCUUGAGCUGUACAUUGGCCACUGUGCAGAGUGGUGGGUUCUGAUUCCACUCGAACAACAGGUGAUCCGACAGCAACUUAUUUGUACUCCAUACGUCCCAGACAGGAUCGAAAGAGGACAAGAGUUUGCAGUUAAUCUUCAGUUGUGUAACGACCUACCUGGAAACGAAGCGGCAACACAAGAGGAGUCGAGACAACAAUCUUACCACAGAUGUCAUCGGUCGGUCCCUUUCAAUGUUGAAACAAAGGCUGGUGACGUCACAAUCACGUGUCAUCGUGAGGGAGGAGAUAUUGAGAGCCGGAUCGUUUCUCUUAGGGACCUUCUAGCCAAGAUAAACCAAUGUAUAUCAAUAUACGUACCAGCCAGUGAGGACGAUCUAAACUUUGCGGUGAUUACCAUAACAAUUACACAGGCUGGGAAGCUUGGGAUAUCACGAUCUAUUGCCUUUGUCGUCAGAUAUACAGAUGGACCUGUGUGCCAAUUUCCCUCCGAACAGACAGACAUCACUAGGACACUAGAAGAAGUAAAGAACAGUGACCUACAAUCGGACGUAGACGUCCUAACAAUAGCCCAGACAAUGGACGUAAAUCAGUUCUAUGAUUUGGGCAUAGCUCUUGGUUUCACCAUAGCUGAGUUGGAUCGGGUAGAGUAUAGGAGAUUCAGAGAUAGGCAACAAGCUACCUUUGACUUGCUACUGGCAUGGAGAGGGAGACAAGCAUCUACCCAAGCAGCGAGGAAUACUCUCAUCACAAUUAUAGAAUCAUUCAACUUAUCUUCAAAUGAUACAAAUUUCCUAGAUAUUGACCCGACUGAAGAGAUUCCUGACUACACGCUAUUACAAUUUUCCCGUCACAUUAACAAAGAAAAAUUCUAUGAGAUUGGCAAGCAACUGGGAUUUGACGAGAUAGAGUUACAUCACAUCGAGCAUCGAUCCCUGUACAAUAGAAAGGAUGCUAACAUUCAAAUGCUCUCGAUGUGGAAAGCAUCUCAAAUAUCAUCGGAUAAACCGGAUGAGAAAUUGAAGACUGUCUGGAAAUCUUUGAAUGAGGCUUCAAAAAAGACGGACACGAAUGAUGACGAGAAUAGUGAUGACGUGACUCCUCUUGACCCGGAUGUGAAUUAUGACCCAUCACCUCAAGAGACAGAAGCGGAUGAAGAUGAAGAGAAUGAAGAUUGGAAGAUCAUCGAAUACUCAGAGUCAGACAAAGAUGAAACCGUUGUCGACAUCGACGGGUAUGGAGGUUCACCUAGUAAUUCAGAACUGUGUACAGUCGUUCGUCGGGUGGCGAAUGUCACGUUGGCCUUAGAACUGGCCAAAGCACUUCGUUUGGACGUUAGUGACAUCAUAGUUCUCAUUGCUCCUCGCGACCCUGCAUUAAUGGAGAGACUGGCAUGGAAACUCCUUCAUCAAUGGUGUAGACGUCUAGGAAGACAGGAGAAGGAAGAGAAAGUGUCUGCGCUUCUUCAAGGAUACUACAUCGAAGACACUCAAGCAGGUAUUGGUGAAAUCUCUGCCAAAAUUCGUACAACUCCAGACCUCAUCGACCUCUCUCAAAGGUUGGAUCUGUCAGCUUCUGAAAUUCUUCAGGUGAUGGCUUCAUCUUUGACCUUUGAAACUGCCUCGAUACGUCGGGUGGUACUACAAAUGCUUCAGAAAUGGGUCAAACAAGGAGGAACAAGGCUGAGGUUGCUUGAAAUGGUUCAAGCUUUUAAUUUCAACGAUGCUGCAGAACACAUAGCUCGAGCAAUACCAAACCACCCAGGUUUCUUGGACACUUUUACACAUGGCAUCAUUGAUCAUGAUGGUGGAGACCUGAAGCUAGAUGAACCUGAUAUCUGGGUAUCUAUUCCUUCAGGAGCGAUCCCCAAAGGAAUGAAAUCACUUGUUACUCUCACUAUCUUACACGGAAGUUCAUCAGAGUUUCCACUGGAUCCUGCCGAAGUUCUUAUAACACCGACCAUCCGAUGUUCCUUCGACCAUGAUCUUCUCAAACCUGCCACUAUAGCGAUUCCACACUACAUUGCUCCAAAUCGAUACCAGCAGAAGAAGCAAGACUUGUGUAUGAAGCUGUAUAGCAAAAUAGGACCAGGAGAAUAUGGGUACAGGACUUUGCUUCCUGAAUCGACAAGAGAUUUUUGGAUCUCAGAAGACAAGCUUACCUUCUCAACGCGUCAUCUUCAAUACUUCGCUUUUUCUUCAAACGACAUCCAUGGAGUUCAAUUCAUUUGUGAAGUAUCACAGUCUCUUUUCAUCAGCAACUCCUCACACCCCACUCUGCGAAUCUGCAUCGCACAUCCUUACAAAAUAGACUCAACAGUAUGUACAGGUGCUAGGUUGAUUGGCAAGAGAAGCGUUCGAUGCAUGAAAAUUUAUUACAUCAUAUGAUAACCUGAACAUGUAAACAUAUCAAAAAAGGGAAAAAAUGGGAAACUAUUGUGGGUGAAUUUGCAUAGUGUGUAUACAAAAAAAAGUUCACACUUAAACAUAAUUCUGUAAAAUCAUAUGUUAUAUCCUGAGGCUUUUUCCACAUUAAAACAUCGGGC